GCAAAGUAGCAGAAGCAAGGCCAUACCAGUCUCCUCUCUCCCCUUGGGAAGUCUCUCAGGGAUUGCUCCUUCCAGAUGUUUGAAAUCGUGUAGAUUCGGUCGGUGUCCCUGAGAGUGGAGCAGGGUGUGCAAGCCAAGCACUGAGAAGAGCGAGCCUUGGACGAGGCUGGUCCAGCGUCCUGGGUUCCAGGAGUGGAUUGCAAACCCACCAGGAAAAUGAGUGAAGAGACAGUCCCCGAGGCUGCCUCGUCGCCGCCCCCCCACGGGCAGCAUUACUUUGACCGCUUCUCAGAGGAGGACCCUGAGUACAUGCGCCUGCGCAACCGCGCUGCGGACCUGCGGCAGGACUUCAACUUGAUGGAGCAGAAGAAGCGCGUCACCAUGAUCUUGCAGAGCCCAGUGAGUGGUCCCGACCAAGACUUUUCCACGAUGACGCCCAUCAACGACCUCCACACAGCUGACUCCCUGAACCUGGCCAAGGGGGAGCGACUCAUGCGGUGCAAGAUCAGCAGUGUCUACCGACUCCUGGACAUCUAUGGCUGGGCCCAGCUGAGCGACACCUACGUCACGUUGCGGGUCAGCAAGGAGCAGGACCACUUCCUGAUCAGCCCUAAGGGAGUUUCUUGCAGCGAAGUCACAGCAUCUAGCCUGAUCAAGGUGAACAUCCUGGGAGAGGUGGUGGAGAAGGGCAGCAGCUGCUUCCCAGUGGACACCACGGGCUUCUGCUUGCACUCGGCCAUCUACGCAGCCAGGCCCGAUGUGCGGUGCAUCAUCCACCUGCACACCCCUGCCACGGCCGCGGUGUCAGCCAUGAAGUGGGGCCUCCUGCCUGUCUCCCACAGUGCCCUGCUGGUGGGAGACAUGGCUUAUUAUGACUUCAAUGGGGAAAUGGAGCAGGAAGUGGAUCGAAUCAACCUGCAGAAGUGCCUUGGACCCACCUGCAAGAUCCUGGUGCUAAGAAACCAUGGAGUGGUUGCUCUAGGUGACACCGUAGAGGAGGCGUUUUAUAAGAUCUUCCACCUGCAGGCUGCAUGUGAGAUACAGGUGUCCGCUCUGUCCAGUGCUGGGGGAGUGGAGAACCUCAUCCUUCUGGAGCAGGAGAAGUACCGGCCCCACGAGGUGGGCUCCGUGCAGUGGGCGGGGAGCACCUUCGGGCCCAUGCAGAAGAGCCGGCUAGGGGAGCACGAGUUUGAGGCCCUCAUGAGGAUGCUGGACAACCUGGGUUACAGAACAGGCUACACAUACCGUCACCCUGUUGUUCAAGAGAAAACCAAACACAAAAGUGAGGUGGAGAUCCCAGCCACGGUCACAGCCUUCGUGUUUGAAGAGGACGGCACCCCAGUGCCUGUCCUACGGCACCAUGCCCAGAAACAGCAGAAGGAGAAGACCCGCUGGCUCAACACUCCCAACACCUACCUGAGGGUCAACGUGGCUGACGAGGUCCAGAGGAGCAUGGGCAGCCCUCGGCCCAAGACCACAUGGAUGAAGGCUGAUGAAGUCGAGAAAUCCAGCAGUGGCAUGCCCAUACGGAUCGAAAACCCAAACCAAUUUGUGCCUCUCUAUACUGACCCCCAAGAAGUGCUGGACAUGCGGAACAAGAUUCGAGAACAAAAUCGGCAGGACGUGAAGUCGGCAGGGCCUCAGUCCCAGCUCCUAGCAAGCGUCAUCGCCGAGAAGAGCCGGAGCCCGUCUACAGAGAGUCAGCUGAUGUCCAAGGGCGAUGUGGAUACCAAAGACGAUUCAGAGGAGACCAUGCCCAACCCCUUCAGCCAACUCACCGACCAGGAGCUGGAGGAGUACAAGAAAGAGGUGGAGAGGAAGAAACUAGAGCUUGAUGGAGAAAAAGAAAUUGCCACAGAAGGGCCUGGGUCGCCUGUGAAGUCUGCACCUACUUCUCCAGUGAAGAGUCCAUCAGAGUCAGAGACAAAAAGCCCCGUGGUGUCUCCGUCCAAGACUUUGGACGAAGAUGCUAAGAAGACAGAAAUAAGCAAACCCCCCACAGAGCCCGAAAAAUACCAGUCAGAAGAGGUGGUGGUCAACGGGAGGGAGGACGAGCAGACUGCGGAGGAAAUCCUCAGCAAAGGCUUGAGUCAGAUGACCACCAAUGCCGACACGGAUGUCGAUACCUCCAAGGACAAAACCGAGUCAGUCACCAGUGGUCCCAUGUCCCCAGAGGGCUCACCUUCCAAGUCUCCCUCAAAGAAGAAAAAGAAAUUCCGAACCCCAUCCUUCCUGAAAAAGAGCAAAAAGAAGGAGAAAGUGGAGUCCUGAUUCAUGGCACUCACGGGCUCCCACCUGCAUCCUCUCUUUCCUCCCCUCCCCUUCUCCCAUCUCUGUCCCUGGAAGCACAGGGCUAAGGAGGGGUAAAAUAGGACCCUGGAUCACACUCUGAGGGGAAUCUUAGAGAUCACCCAGCCAACCCCUCAUUUUACAGUUGCCCCAGAGAAAUCAGGUGAUUUGCCGAAGGUCACACAGCUGGUUAGCGGCAGAGCCUGCACUAGAAUUCAGGUCUCCUGACUCCCAGUCCAGUGCUCUUUCCACUACACAACACUGCCUAGUUGUGGGCCACCUUUGUGAGGAUGUUGCCCAUUCAUCUGAGCCCAGGGCAUGAAGGCCAGAAAUGGGUCACAAGCUCUCACAGGCUCAGGCUAAAUCAGAGAGGUUAAGGCUUCCGCUGAGCAAGAUUCACUUUCUUUGAGAGAAUCCAAUCUCCAGCUGAUGGAGAAAUGACCAUGUUUAGAAGCCUUUCUUCUUUUUUCUAUUUAGGGUCCUGCCCUGCUGCUCAAAGUAACCAUACAAUUGACCCCUAUAACAGAAGUUAAUAUUUGCUCCCAAGGGCUGAUGGCUUAGCUUGUACUUCCCCAACCACUGACCCUGAGCUUUCUUCAUGGAACCUCUUGAGUGACAGGUGGAGAGUUGUAAGAGUUGACAGACAUAAGGGAAGGCCAAGUCAGACUAAGCAUUGGGGAUGGCUUAAUUGAUGUAAGGUGCCAGGAACUUGACCCAUUCCAAUUGUGCAUCUCAGGCACUUCAAAAUUAAACCAAAUUUAGCAUAGAAGAAAAGUUUUCUUAUGCUCAGGGCAUAAAUUUGGGGAAAUUUGGAUUCCCUGUUGGCUUUGGGUUAUAUAAGGAAGAUCAGAGCAGCAAGAGAAUACUAAGCCUUUCUG